UUAAUUAAAAAUAAUUUUUCAGAAACUGGAUUCAAAAUGCUGAACAGCAGGAUAUUAAAUUCUCUAAUCAGUUAAAACUAAAAACAUUGAGUUAUGAGUGGAAGAGGUCAGAGUCCGACAUAUAUUAUCAAAUACCUUAGGAACAGUUUUUUUUUUUAAUAAUAGAACCCAAAUUAAACAAGUCAGAUGGAUAUGAAAGAUAGGCGUUAUUUCAACGUGGAGUAUUAUCAACCAUGUCAGAAAGGCAUUUCAACUCCUUGAUUGUGUUGUUAUUAUAUAUGUUCGAUAUUGAAUUGACUUAACAGAAAAACGCAAAAGUUAAAACGAUUCCGAGUGUCAAAGUAUCAUUAUAUAUUCUGAUGUAAGAAACAAUUGGAGUGAAUAUAAGUAUAAAAUAUAAUUGCUGUGAUCGUGAAUUCGUGAUGAGAUGGAAAUAGAUGUGAUUAGCUGAGGAACACGUACUCAUGAAAUGCAAGUGAUGAUGUGCAUAUCCAUGUGUUAUAUACUUAAUUAUGUGUGUUGUCUUUCCAUAUAUAGAUUCGGUUUGUAAGAUAUAUCACAUGUUCUUGUGCUGAAACCUAACAACAACAACAAGUCAACCACACAAAUUAUCGUACGUACAACUUACGUAGUAAUCAAGAAAUCAUAAUAACAAAUAACUAAUUUAUCAGAAAAAUAAUACCAAGCACAGCGUGCGAGAGAAACAAACUUAGACCAAGAAACUGUAUAAUAAGCUAUCUAGAUGUAUAUGACUUACACUAGAACCUUCAGUUAAUCUAAUUAACUCUUGGUUUAUAUUUUCCAGUUAAACUGAAAAAGAAGAAAAAAAAACACUGUACAAAUUUUCUCACGGUCGUUGAAUGUUUAAAGAAUUUAUGUUUAAAUAAAAAAAAAUUGAUUAAAAAACAAAAAGAUUGGAUUGAAAUCCAACUAAAUUCCAAAUUAUGGGACAAAAACUAAGUAGUAUAAGUAGUUUGAUUUACCCCCACAAAAAAAAAAAACUAAGUAGUUUGCUAUUACAAACAUUUCUAACGAUCAGAGAAAAUUUUGAAAUUUGAAUUCUAUAUUUUAUGUUUUAAUCACUUAUGUAUCAAUAAAAUAAUUUCAUAUUUUAGCCUAAAGGAUAAACUUUCAAAAUAAUGGUUGAUCAUUCAUUAACUUUAUAAGUUGAUAUUUUUUUUUUCAUUUUAAUUUGCUGGGUUAGGAAUGCUACUAUAUCUGUAAAUUAGGCGGUUUCUCUUAGAUAUAUUCGAGAAUAAUUAAGUGGCCACAAGAAUCAAGUGGCAAAUCUCUUUCGUAUUUUGUCGUCUCUCUUGCUAGAGACUAGUGAGAGCCAGGUGGGACGUCAAAAAGAGAAAAUUAAACGCAUCAUGUAUUCUUUAUAGGAACAUUAUAUAUAUACCAACUUUUCAUUAGAAAGCGUAAGUGGGAUUUGUAUAGAAUGAUCUCGUUUUAUGAGGUAAGCAUGAUGGCUAACAAUUUCUCUUUAGAUUCAUCAUUCAUGUUUAUCUUUACAGAGCAACCAAAAUGACGAAAUUGCUAUUUAGUUGAGGCAUGAGAGACGAGUUUGCUGUUUAGUGAGAGGUCAUAGCCUCAUGGCAUUGGCACAUGAGUUGAUCUCCUUAAUGCCAUGUUGUGUUUAAAAGGUAAAUUUGAUUAUUCUUCUGGAAUGAUAUAUAAUAACAACACUGUUUGGGAGAAAUUUAAUAAUACCAUUCUUUUCUAUAUAGUUUUGACGGCUUUUUUUUUUGAGUUGCGAUUACGAACUAGCUUUAGUAAAAUUAUAGGGUUUAGCUUUAGUCUACAUGAUCAGAAAUUUCUAGAAGAUUAUAUACUAAUAACUUUGAUAUGAAAAAUAUAUGUUAUUGAUUUUAUAAACUUAUUCGACUGUGAUACAAUAUAUACAAGUAUAUAAGUGAACACAAAAGUAAUUUUAGUAUAAAAAAGAAGUUUGGAUCCCUCCUUUCCUUUUUCAUUGCAUUUUCUUUAAUAGUUGUUAGGAAAAGAAUCGUAACGGUGGCAUAGUUUUCUGUGAGUAUCCGACAUUUUGAAGACCAUUUUCAAUGUUUUGAUUUUCUUUAUGUUUUGGGUUGAUCAAGUCAUGUCAGAUUAAUCCUUCUCCGAACUCAAGAUGAGCCUUUAAUCUUUUGUGCCUUAUUGUCUUUUUAUCGAACUUUUAGAUUAUUAGACCGGAUUAUAAGUGAACACAAAAGUAAACUCACCUUCAAUAUAAUGUAGAUUUAAAAAAAAAAUUAUAGGUUUUUUUUAGUAAAUCUCCACACUUGGCAGAUUUUUGUUGUUGUAAGCGAUUGUUUUAUAAUAAAAAAUUAUUGUAUUUUUACCAUAAUAAAAUAUUUUUAAGCGAUUGUACGUACUUUUGUAAAGUUGUGGAGCAAAUUAAUUAUUUUAAUGUAAACCUGAUUAUUAAAGCGUAAUAACAUAUACCUUUGACAUUUAAUAUUCGGAAAGUACAUUUUUUUAAGGACAUUCUUGAAUUUUUGUUUUGCUAAGAAUUGUCUUUUUUUUUGUUCUCUCCUAUAAAAACUAAAAUGAAUACACAACAAAAAUAGCAAAUUAGCAUAUUCUGUAAAAAGAAAAGAAAAACAUUCAGACACACACUUAGUCAAAAAAAAAACAUACAGACAUAUACAAACAAAAUCGUUAAAUCUAAGUUAGAAACGAAAGUUAUUUGGACAGAAAAGGAAGAAUUUUAUAACCAAAUAAGAAUGAGAUUAGAAGGAGCCUUUGUCCUCACAUAUCCAAUACGCUCAUUCACUACACUUCAGUCUUGACUACUAUAAAUACCCUCCGACUCCUACUCCUCUUCUCCACCAAACAUCAUAUUCAUACCAAAAGGGAACACUAGCUAAGAAAAUAAUAUACUCACAUUCUAAUAAAUUUUUAUCUAUAAACCUUUAUACCAAUCCAAUCAUGCACUCAACGUUAAGCGAUGUGUUCAUAUCGCAUCCUAUUCACAUCCCACUCUCAAACUCACCCGACUUCACAUCCCUCCGUCACCUCCCAGACUCCUACACAUGGACCCCCAAAGACGAUCUCCUCUUCUCCGCCUCCUCUUCCGACGAAUCUCUACCCUUCAUCGACCUCUCCGAUCCCCACGUGGCCACUCGUGUUGGCCAUGCUUGUACCACGUGGGGGGCAUUCCAGAUCACAAACCACGGAGUGCCCUCACGGCUUCUCGACGACAUUGAGUUCCUCACUGGAAGCCUUUUCCAGCUUCCCGUCCACCGGAAGCUCAAGGCGGCUCGACGGGAGGAUGGCAUCUCCGGCUACGGGGUUGCUCGUAUUGCUUCUUUCUUCAACAAACAAAUGUGGUCCGAAGGUUUCACAGUUAUUGGUUCCCCACUUGAUGAUUUCCACAAACUCUGGCCCAGGCAGCACCUCAAAUACUGUAAAAUUAUUCAAGAGUAUGAGGAGCAUAUGCAAAAGUUGGCAGCCAAGCUGAUGUGGCUGGCAUUAGGCGCACUUGGAGUUGAGGAAAAAGACAUUGAAUGGGCCGGUCCCAUUUCAGACUUUCAAGGAGCACAAGCAGCUAUCCAACUAAACCACUAUCCAAUAUGUCCAGAACCGGACCGAGCAAUGGGUCUCGCAGCACAUACCGACUCAACUCUCUUGACCAUACUGUACCAGAACAACACCGCCGGUCUCCAAAUUUUCAGGGAUGACGUGGGCUGGAUCACCGUGCCACCUGUCCCUGGCUCACUAGUGGUCAACGUCGGUGACUUACUCCACAUUUUGACCAACGGAAUAUUCCCGAGCGUGCUUCAUCGAGCUAGGGUUAACCACCUCCGAUCUCGCUUCUCCAUGGCUUACCUGUGGGGUCCACCUUCUGAUCUAAUGAUCUCUCCGCUUCCCAAACUCGUUGAUCCUCUCCAUUCUCCUCUUUACCCAUCUCUUACUUGGAAGCAGUACCUUGCAACCAAAGCUACUCAUUUUAAUCAGUCUCUUUCCUUUAUUAGAAACUAUCUGUCUUCAGACCAAAUAUCUUGAUGUUUACAUUUGUACUUUCAUUAUUGUACAGCUUUUAUCUGGGUAAUAUGAUUAAUAAUUAAUAUUUUAUUUUACCUCAUUACACGAGCAUUUUACUGGAUAAAAUACAUGAAACAAGGUACAUUUCCUAUCCCCCCGCCAUUUUUAUUUAGAAUGUGAAAACUUGCUAGAUUUUGAUGUUUUUUUUUUGUUGAAAUGUUAAAUUUAUUUAUCAACAAAAAAAAAACUACAGAAACUUGGUAGAUUUUGAUGUUUAAGCAAUAAAUAAGUACUUAUCUCUAAAGGAAUCAAAUCCUGGGGUCAUUAAAAGCUCUCCAUAAAGUAAUAAUGACAAAACAACAAUUUGUAACUCACACCAUGCAUGAACACACUUGUUUUAACCAUAACAUGCCAGUCAAAUUGCUAGUUUUAUUUGGAAAAUGGCAUUAUCCGAGUUAUUGUCAAUAAGUUAUAAGUAAUAUUACAUAAUCAAUAUAGAGAAACCAACAUUUGUCAAUAUUAAUACGUGGAUCCAAUCAAAUUGCUUAGGUUUAAUUGGAAAUACCUAGAGAUGUCAAAUGGGCGGGUUGGGCGGGUUUGGGUGUGUCCGAAUGGGCUUCAUUUUUUGCUGGACAUUUUUGGUCGAAGCCCAAAUAGAACCAUGUCCAAAUGAGACCAUAACCAAAUAAGCCCAUGAUUUGUUGGGUUAUCCAUGGACGGCCCAUAUGCCCACUUAAUGUAAAAAACAUAAUUUCAGUUCUAAUGAUGCAAAGAUUCUUAAUUUUUCAAUUUUAAAGAUGCUAGAUACAGUU